AAACUAAUUCUUGGCAAGCAAAAUAAGGUCCUGCGCUGCCCAAGGGGCAACACCAAAUUGCGAAAUCUUUUUGUUACCUCGUAAUAACCAAACUCCCUUAUCAAAUUCCUACAUAAUUUGAUUUAAGCAAACAAAGAUUACUGCACCAUCUUAAACUGCAAUGGCUCAAGCAGUCCAUCUCAUCGCUAAGAACCUUCCAGGUUAUGAACCUUCAGAAGGCAGGUAUCUCCCUCGUUCAGAAAUUUCUGGAAGAGCAGUCGCUGUAUCCACUUGUUCUUCUCAUGGUAAUCAAAGAAUUCAUUCACAGGUUAAGAUUGGAUCAAUAAAAUGUGCUUCUGGAGCCGCAUCUUUUGUGUGCAGAGCAAGUUCUGGUGGUCCUAAGAGAAACCUAGACUUCUCAAAGCAAAGCAGACGGAGUUUCUCUCGAAACAGUAACAGACAAAAUGAAGAGAGAGACAGCUUUGAAAAUCUUGAUGAAUCUGAUUUGUUAACUUCGAAGAAUGGGCCAUUACUUUCCCUCCCCAAUACCCCCAAAUUCCAAGCCACUGCAGCCCCAGGGCCAAGAGAUAAAGAGAUUGUUGAGCUAUUCAGGAAGGUACAGGCUCAGCUGCGUGAAAGAGCUGCAGUCAAAGAAGACAAGAAGGUUGAAGCCCCCAAAGGAAAAGGUAAAGAGAGUGAAACUGUGGAUUCCCUUCUUAAGCUGCUGAGGAAACACUCAAUUGAGCAACGUAAGAAAAAAGUCAGCAGUCAAGACUUUGCUGUGGACCAUCAGGAACAGAGCAGAUCACAGAGUAAGGAUAAAAGCACAAGUUUCCUAAAUCUAAAUGACAAAGAAAGGAGUAGAGUCCCAGAACCUAAUUCCUCUUCUUUUACCAGACCACCAUCAAAUUUCCAACGCAAAUCUCCAGUUCCUCAAGUGAAAUUCAAGCCCAUAAAUGCAAAUGAAGAUCCUGUUAAUUCUACACCUUAUUUGAAUUUAUAUGGUGAGAAAAAGAAGAAAUUUGAGGAGCUUCCUAAUACUGCCCAGCAGACAGAAUUGGAGCCAGAGGAGGCUGAGUUGGAAUUAGAGCAGGAGCCAGAGUCCUCUUUCUCUGAAGGUGAUGUUUUCAACGAGUUAACAGGAGAGGAGUCUUCAGAUAUUGAUAAUAUUGAUGCGUAUAGUGAUAAAAGAGAGGAGAUUGAACACGAGGAUUUGAGUUCAUUGAAGCUGCCAGGGUUGAGAGCAAUUGCAAAGGCUCGUGGUAUAAAAGGGUUUUCAAAGAUGAAGAAAGGUGAGUUAGUGAAGUUGCUAAGUGGUGGCCCAGUCUGAUAAAUGAUUCAGGAGAGAAAGCUAAGACAAUAGAACUGAGUUUUAGAUAGUUUUUUCAUCUUGAAAUGCUCCUUUUUGUUCUCUUAUAGUUCUGUUGUUUUCUGUUCAUGGUAUCAUGUUCUAUUUGAAUCCUUCAAAUUCACCA